UGACCCACUUGACCUAAAUAGAGAGCGUCAAGUAGCACACAGACGUGUGCUGGUGCUGUGUUAGUGGAAGAUUUAACAGUGAACCUACAUUUGACAGAAAUUCAGGCUAAACUCAAGUACUACUACACUUGAGACGAUGUCGGACUACCACAAGAAGAUGAUGAACUAUUUCGGCGCCGGUGGUGUCAUGUUAAGCUUGUCCCUGGCAAGGGAGUUGGGCGUGGUGAAGAUGUUGAUGGAAGCCAAAGUCCCUCUCACAUCACAGCAGGUGGCUGACAAGCUGAACCUCAGAGAAAGGUAUGUGCGUGAGAUACUUGGUUCACUCGCUGUCGGGGAGGUCAUCAGCGUGGACGACUCGUCCACCCAGUUCCAUGUUCCAGAUGACCGCAAGGCCACAUUCAAUGCAAUAUCCGUGUUUUCCAGAUUUUUGCCACAGUUUGGUUUGAGACAUGCCAGUAUCAAGGACUGUGCUCAACAACGGAACACUGGUGGAAUAGUCUACAGUCAAACCCCUGGGCUUUUUGAAACAUUGACAGACAUUUUGGUCGUAGUCAAGAAAGAUAUGAUUGAUACAGAUAUCCUGUCUGCCAUUCCUCUGUUGCUGCCAAAGUUAGAAUCCGGAAUCAAGGUUGCGGAAUUUGGUUGUGCAACUGGGAUAAUUUUAAACAAAUUAGCUUCGCGAUUCAAGAACAGCACCUUCCUUGGUUCUGAUGUAGCAAGCGUGCCAUUGGUUCAAGCCAGAGAGGAAGCAAGCAACCAGGGCCUUCAGAAUGUCACUUAUGACACAGACAAUAUUGAAACUAUAUCUGAAAGCUACAAGGAGAGUUUUGAUUGGAUACUAACCCGUCUAGUUAUUCAUGACUUAACAUAUCCACAGAAAGCCUUAAACGAGAUUUACCAGUGUCUGAAACCAGGGGGUAUUUUCAGCAUGAUUGAGGUUGGAAUAGAGGGAGGCAUAACUGGCAACAUUGCUAAUGCUUCAGCUAUGUUCUACUACUCGGCGAGCACAUUCUUGUGUAUUCCGGAAAGCUUGCGCAGGCCUGACUCUGCAGCACUUGGGGCUACAUGGGGUGCAUCUUUGGCAAGAGAGAUGGUUGCUAAAGCCGGUUUCACCAUCAUCAACGAGUCUGUGAGUCACACAGAUGAGCAUGAGAUACACUUUGUCUGUCAGGAGUAG